AUGGCCGGGCGGGACCGGGCCCGCCCCGGGGCUGAGCUCGGCGGCCUGCAGGGGGUUCACAGCCUCGGCCUGCAGCCGAACCGAAUCGAGAAGAUUGAGAACCUGGGCUGCUUUCCCAGGCUGCGAUUCCUCUCCCUGGCUGGGAACUGCAUCCGCAAGGUGGAGAACCUGCGGCCUCUGCAACACUUGCGUUUCCUGGACCUGUCCCAGAACCAGAUCCAGACGCUGGACCCAGAUGAGCUGCCCCGCAGCCUCCGGCUCCUGGACUUAACGGGAAACGCGUGCACCCGGCAGCCCGGGUACAGAGAGCUGGUGGUGGGAGCGCUGCCCCACCUGCUGCAGCUGGACACCCGGCCCCUCCGCGGCUGCACGGACCCUGCCCCAGGCGAGGAAGAGGAGGAGGAAGGUUCUUCCAGCAGCGAGGACGACGAGGAGCUGUUCUCUGAGCCAAGUGCCCCCUUCACUGCAGACAAAGAUUUCUUUGCAGACCUUCACCAGGAGCUGGCCGGGCGCUCCCGGCGGAGGCAGGGGGAGGCCCUGGAGGAACACCGGAGCCGCCUGCAGGGGCUGCGGGGGCUGCUGCUGCCCCCCCCGCUGGGCUCAGCGGGCACCGAGACCUGCCGAGCCCCCAGCCCCGGGGUGGGGGGAGCGGCCCCAGGCCCCAGGCAGGCUCAGCCCCGUCCCCACGCGAAGCAGGGGCCGCAGCCGUCCAGCGCCAGCAGGAGCCAGCCCCGCAGCGCGGCCCUGCGAGGGGAGACAAGCAGCAAAGGAGCAAAGAAAUAG